AUGACUGUUCAACUGGGCUCUACACUUGUGGUCAGGCAAUCUCAUAUAUUAGCUAUCCGUUUUGGGGAAAUGGUCGUCCUUCUUACUGUGGUCUUGAGGGAUUCGGUUACUUGCAGAGAAGACAACGUCACCACUCUCCAAAUCGUCAACACAACGUUCCGGUACAUUGUGUUUAGUUACGCUCCCGAUGAUUCUCUGAUUCUAGGGUUACACUUUUCGUGUCCGGAGGAUGUGGUUAGGUCUACUCCGAAUAGGAACAGAUUUAAUUGUUCUGGUGAGGAAGACGAUAGUUUCUUUGACAAUCAACGCACUACUGUAGUGGAGUGUUGUGAGCGUGUGAUUGAAGUGAGGGUUUCGAGUACUGCAUAUGAUCAGUUUAACCGGAGUGAAAUGAUGCCGUUGGAGAAGUUGUUUUGGAUGGGUUUUUUUUAA